UGUAUAACGUGUCUUGACUAGCUGAGAAUUUCUUUUCCCCAACAAUGCUAAUGUUUGACUAGAAAGAAGGAGGUCCGAGAAAGCUUUCACUGUCUCUGGAUUGUGUAAUACCACCAAAUCAAGCAGUGUAAUUCACAGGGAUUCCAUGACACUUUGAGAACUGAACAGAAUCUUCAUUGUCUGACUUGGUGCUCCAAACACGGCUUUCAAGGGGUCAUGGAGGUGCUUGUGCUUCUGGACUUUGAGGCCACCAUGCCAGAUGAGUUGACGAUAUGUGCAGGGGAUGUUGUGAAGAACGUCUCAAAGGGCAAAGAGGAAGGGUGGCUGGAGGGAGAGCUGAGAGGAAAGAGAGGCAUGUUCCCUUGCAACUUCGUCAAGGAAGUGCCUGUUUACUUAAUAGGGGAAAGCAACAGAGAGCCAAGAAGCAUGAGGAAAUCGAAGAAAACAAAGGUAACGUUACAGGCGAGGAAAUGUGAGGUGGCUUUUCCCUACACCCCCGCGAACGAGGACGAGCUGGAUCUGGUUGUCGGGGAGACCAUCGAGAUUCUCAGAGAGAUUGAAGAUGGGUGGUGGAUUGGAAAGAAAAAUAACCGAGUUGGAGCCUUUCCGUCAAAUUUUGUGAAGGAAAUUUUUGUCCCUUCAAAAGAUGGCAAGACAACUGAAGCCACAGCCAGGCCUAAACUCUCUGAAGUCUUCAGUAAAGAGGGAAAAGUACAACAGAGACCAAGUUUACGGAGAAAAACACCAAGUGGUGAGAACUCUAAAAACAUGCCAUACCAUACAGAUGAUGUUAGUGAGGGGGAACUGAACGGACGCAGGGGCUUUUUUCCCGAUAACUUCGUCAUGGUGAUCCCAGCGGAUGCUCUUCAUACUGGUAAUGCAGGACAGCCACCGGUGAGACAUGGCUCUCAGAAAAACGCAGUGAACCAGAUGCCAGUGAUGGACCAGAACAGCUCUGACACAAACCCAAAAACGGAGACUAAAAGUGAGAAACCAGACACUAAAGAUUUUCGAAGUGACCCACCUGGUAAAAUUAAGUUGCCUGGUUUACACAAACCACCCGUUCCACCACCACCAGUGAAGGGGAAGCCCAUAAAACUAGUACCAAAAAAUGAAGAGCCACAACUUGUCUCGCCUAAACAGCCCCCAGCUUCACCAGUACAGAAAGAGGUUAAAGACAGUAAGGAGGUUAAAGAGAAAACCCCUGACCAGUUUGACAGUGUAGAUGUGUCCUCAGAGAAACUGAGCCAUCCCACAGGCAACAGAGUCAAACCUCCACAGAGAAGACCACCAACAGCCCUCACCUCUGCCGGACAAGUUCUAGCUGAAAUUGACAACAAUGAAACUUCAGAAGAGAAAGAUGGAUUACCACAAAAUAUUCCAGAGGCUACAGAACCUCAGUCAUCACCUUCCACCAAGACAGACCAAGUAGCUAAGACCACUUCACCACCCAAGACACCGACUGAAAGCAAAGCUGUGGCUCAGGAGGAGAGCGCUUCCCUGGCCUCUGUGCUGACUGAACUCAAAGAUCUCCGCAUGUCACUGGAUCUCCUCAAAGCGCAGCAUGAGAGAGACAUAAAGGAGCUUAAAGAUGAACUGAAGGACGAGAUGGAAAAAAGAAUGAGAUUACAGGUGAGUGGUGAGAUUUGAG